ACUCGCAGGAGGACGGCGUCGCGGAGCUGCCUAUGGCUUUUCAAUCGUGUGCUGUCUUGCGCAGCAAGUAUGCAUUCAAGCAGUUUCGUGGAGCCAUCAUGAUCAUGCGUCCCAUUCCGUUUCAGGCCUUCCGAUGGCCAUCUCCCGUAGGCUUCCUUCCACCUUCGUUACAGUCGAUCCUGGCCAUCUCGCGUAGGCUUCUUUCCAUUUUGGUCACAGUUGAUCCUGGUACAGAGUACAGCUUGGUGCCAGUAAAGGAGGCGAAACUUGUUGUGCAUGUAUAUUUGCCUGAUCUCGCUACAUUCGGUGCUUUUGUAGGGUUGGACGCGUUGAAUGCUCAAUGCGGUUGGACGGAAGAGAGAAUAUCGUGCAGGUAA